UCGGCACAUAGCACAGCGGCAACUCCCGCCGACUUACACAAACGAAUAAACCUCCGACCAAACUGUUGACGACACCAACCGGAGAGAACAAGCACAGCAAGCAAGCUCAGUUUAGCCGCGAUAAGAGAUCACCACCUAGUCUUGGAAACAUAAUGCCGGUCCAUAUCUCCCGCAUGACUGAGGCAGAUAUUCCCGGCUCUGUCGCUGCAAUCCAAGAAGCAUUUGCCGACGACCCGUACAACAACUGGAUGUUCGACAAGUCAAAGUUUGACCCCACGCGCAAUGCUGUCUCGCUAGGGAUACGGUGCCGCUGGGGCAUACGUAACGGCCUCUUCUACGUCGCCAAGGAGGGAGGCAGUGACGAGGUCCUGGGCAUCGCCAUGUGGCUUCCGCCUGAGCGGGCAGACCGGCCUCAGUCGUGGAGCGGCUGGCUGGAGAGCUGGCGCCUGUGGUUUAGCCAGGUGGGCAUGAAUCUUUGGCAUGGCAGAGGCGGCCUCAACGUAAAGCGCUACUACAUCUGGAAAGAUGCUCAAGCCAAAGCACACUCAAUCGCCUGGAAGGACCCUCGCGGGUACUAUUUCCUAAACAUCAUGGUCGUCCUGCCAAAGUGCCAAGGCCAGGGAAUUGGCAAGAGGCUCGUGAAAGCCGUCACAGACGAGGCGGACGCGGAGGGCAUGUGCUGCUACCUCGAGGCGAGCAGAGACGUGCCAAACAUCCGGAUCUACGAGCGCAUGGGCUUCGAAUUUGUGACGAAGCUCGACUGCGACGACGAAGGGGAGAAGUGCACGCUCUAUUGCAUGGUCCGCGAGCCGAGAACGGGACGAGGCGAUUCGGAAAAUCAGGAAAACCGGGAGUUGGAAAGCAGCUAGUACACUAGACCGGCGAGCUUCAUAACUUGGCUUGGCCAGGUCCACAUAGCAACGGCGCCAGGGCCGCCAGACCCGCCGGGUUUGAAGCACUACGUUCGGACAGGGAGCCGAGCUCUGCGGUAACCGGAGCGAGUCGGACCUCCGGCCGAGAUACGGCUCCGGGCGUGC